GCUCACGUGACCGCGGGGCGGGCAUGCGGCGUGGCCCGGGCGGGAGCAGCAGGUAACCUCCGCCGGCGAGCUCUGGCCAUGGCGGGCGUGGUGGACUUCCAGGACGAAGAGCAGGUGAAGUCUUUUCUGGAGAACAUGGAGGUGGAGUGCAACUACCAGUGCUACCGCGAGAAGGACCCGGACGGUUGCUAUCGGCUGGUGGACUAUUUGGAAGGGGUCCAGAAGAAUUUUGAGGAAGCUGCCAAGGUAUUGAAGUUUAACUGUGAGGAGAACAAACACAGCAAUAGCUGCUACAAGCUGGGGGCCUAUUAUGUGACAGGAAAAGGUGGAUUGACCCAAGACCUAAAAGCCGCCUCCAGCUGCUUUCUGAUGGCGUGUGAGAAGCCCGGAAAGAAGUCUGUGGAGGCAUGUCACAACGUUGGUCUCCUGGCACAUGAUGGACAGGCCAACAAGGAUGGCCAGCCUGAUCUGGAGAAAGCCAGAGACUACUACACAAGGGCCUGUGAUGGCAACUAUGCCCCUAGCUGCUUCAACCUCAGUGCCAUGUUUCUGCAGGGUGCUCCUGGCUUUCCAAAGGACAUGGGCCUGGCAUGUAAAUACUCCAUGAGAGCCUGUGACCUGGGCCAUGUCUGGGCCUGUGCCAAUGCCAGCCGCAUGUAUAAGCUGGGGGAUGGUGUAGAUAAGGAUGAAGCCAAGGCCGAGGUGCUAAAAAAUCGGGCCCGGCAGCUACAUAAAGAACAGCAAAAAAAUGUCCAGCCUUUAACGUUUGGGUAGUGUGGCCCACCCUCCCAUGUAACAAAUACCUAGAGGCUGGCACCUCCUGUUUCUGAUGGCAGCCCUUGGAGGUCAACCUGCUGGAGCAGGAAGACUAGGGACUUCAUAUCAGUAGCUCUGGUUACAUAGACCCAUUGCCCCAGAGUGUCACCUACUGGAUAAUAGCCUGAAAUGUGUAUUGCAGUCAGUAUUCCUUUAUCGCGUGUGUUCUGUGAAGACUUCCACAUUUAUGGGAUUUUAGUUCUCAAACUUGUAGUUCUGUGGAAAAGAGCAACCCAGAGAACCAUAGAGAUUGUAGCAGGGUGGGGAGGAGAGACAAAGAGCAGGAAGUUGGAAAAAUGAGCAGCCAUAGGUCUGAAGGAGUCAGACAUCGUCAUCAUUUUUAUUUUAGUUGGGAGGGCUUGAAAAUCUAUCUUGAUUUACAUAAUUGAGGGCCUAAGGAGCUAGGAAUAAAUAGUACAAUUGCCACCCUCUGACUUAGUAAUCACUACUGUGGGCUUCCUUUUUGCCUUUAUAGUCAGAUCUUUCAGUAAGUUCAUAGAGCUUGGAGGGAUGUGUGACAUUAAAGUUAAAAGGUUGUUAUGCUUCAGGGUUGCUUAAGGGAAUGAAACAUAAGCCUUCUUCUCGUGGAGACAUUCACAGUUGAAAAUUAGCACCCAAGAGUCUACUCACCUGGCACUGCUCAUAAUGUUGAGCAGAUCAUUCCCAGGGCAACUUAAGCUAGGGGUUUGUAAGCAAGGUCUUUAUAACAUAUUUUGUCCCUCAGAACUGAACCUUUUUGAUUGUUCCUGUGAAUAAACUAUUUUGAUUGAUGA